GGAGACGACUUAAAACUACACCAUCUGUAUGCCUCUGCGUUACUGGGACAGGAAGUGAGGUUCCUGAACACGCAGAUAGGUGCCUCAGAUUGCGCCUGUUCAAAAUAAACUUCGCUGUGUGUGGAGAAGCGAUGAGGAUUUGUCUUUCUGUCACUUUUUUUUGGAAGAAUUAUUUGGAUUUGAAGGACCAGACUUCUAGAGGUUUGUAAUAGGGCAGUUCGCCAUGUACAUUCUGAAUUUAUUAAUCUGUGCUGCAGUUUGGGAGUUUGGAUUUACAGGAAGUCUGACUGUGCCGCAGUAACAGAUGAUUGAUUUCCAGUUUAACUGUAUCAGUGCAGGUGUAGCGAUAGAAGUGAGUGGUAGUUUACAAAAAUAUACACCAGUGACAGUAUGAAAUGUAAUAAAAAUGCAAAAUAUUAUGCAAAAAAAGUUAUAAGUGAUUGAAAUUAGGAUUGCUUGUGUGUUGCUGUAAAGGGUGCAUUUUACAGCAGCAGGUGGAGCUUUGAUACUUUUGCCUUUAUACAAUGCAUGUGCUUGUUUGCAAUGUCUGACUGCAGCAUAAGCAGUCAGUAGAUGCGUUAGUAGGUCAUAAGCCAAAUUUACCCAUUUCCAGUUGUAUAUGACUAAAAAGGAAAAACCAAAUGAAUGUUCCUCAGUCAAAAGAGGAGAAGCCCCCAAAUUACCACAUCAAAGCUCCUAUGAGGAGUUAUUAUCGGGUUAUGAAUCAGACUGAAAUUAACAACCAUGUGUCUCUAUGAUGUACAAAAGCUUAUGAGACCAUUAGUGAAUAGACUGACUAUGUCCAUGUAGUCAUUUUGAAGCCUGUAACUGAUGUGAGAGGGUAAGUACAUUACAAAAACAGCUUUAGGUACUUUACCCACAGCAAAUUAUUCGUGCUGAGUCAAAAAUAUUACAGGGAACAAAAGGAGAAGGUUUUGUUGUCAAUUCAUGUCACUUUCUGACGAAAUCAGCAACAGUAUUAUUACAGCCCUCGGGAUCAAUAAACACGGAGUUGCGUUCAACUGGUACAGUUUUUAUUUCUUUAUUCCUCGCUUCGAGUACCGUGACACUAAAAACACAGCAAAAAUACUAAUCAUGUUUCAACAAAACAGUACUUAAAUAUUUGCAUUUUAAACACAACUUCACUAUUAAAACAACCACAGUUAUAACAUUUGAAACAAUUUCUCCCCCCGACAAUAUCAAGACCACGCGUAAUCGCAAACAAUAACACGCCACUCAAACUGUUUCACACCUACCUUUUCCUCUCUCCACAACAGCCCGCUCAUUUUCGUGUAGCAAACUGGCGUGUGAUGUCACUAUUUAACCUCUGUUGGUGUGCUGACCCCGGAUGUGAAUAACCUGCUCAGAUGGCCACUUACAAGUAUUGAGAGACAGUAUCAAUUAUUGCUUUGUCUACAGGGGGCGUUAAAGUCAAUGCAAACAGAGAGUUCCUCAUGGGAGCUUUAACAUGUCUGUGUCAAUAAAGAAUACUCUCUAAAAACUUCUACAACUGCCUUUGGAGUUGAAAUGUCUGGAAAGUGAUCCAUGCAACUGGUAAACAGCAUUUGCAACAAAUAACUUCAAUGACUUUUGAGCGCACCCGCUUCAAUUUAACAAUGAUUUCAACAGUCUACUGUAAAAUUUAUACUUUUGUUUUGAUCUUUGUCAUUUCAGAUGAGUGUUGAAGUGGAAAGGAAAUUUCUGUGCAAUGCUGACACCCUAAAAACACUGGAAGAGAUAGGGGGUGAGUGUUUGACUUGUUUGCAAUGAUAAUUUUAAAUUUUAGCGAUUUGACUGAUGCUGUGAUCGGUCCUCACAAGGGUUGCUGAGAAACUUUUACAAUCACUUGCCAUCUAUCUCUUUCUGUUUAUUUAUCUGUUUCAGCUUGAUUAUGUUUACACAUCUACAUUUUUAAAGUCCUACCUGUUUGACCUUUUGUCUUUAGCCAGCGUUCGCCAGCACCAGUUCCACGACCAGUACUAUGACAGCCCGAAGUUUGACCUGACUUUAAGAGAUGCGUGGCUGCGUAAGCGUAAAGGAUGCUGGGAACUCAAGUGCCCGACCACAGAAAAGACAAGCGGAGAACAAUCUAAAGCAGCAGCGCUGUGCACCCGCUACAAGGAGAUAACAAACCUUCCUGAAAUUCAGCAGAGAGUGACAAAGAUCAUGAAAGACAAUUGUGAGGACACAGAGACAAGCCUCUCUCUGGAGGGUGAGGCUUGGCUAAGCAAAAUGAAUCUGGUGUGCUUUGCAGAGUUUACAACAGUUCGCAGGUCUUUUGUCUUAGAGGAGGAAGGGGUGCAGAUAGAUCUUGACCAAGCUGACUUUGGCUACUGUGUGGGAGAGAUAGAGGUCCUUGUUCCAGAGGGAGGAGAUGUACAAUCUGCUUUGGAGAAGAUUGAAAGAACAGCUCAGAAGCUCGGUGAGUUCAAAGCAUAGACUAUGGUUUAAAGCUAAUCAACUUUUAAUAUACUGUAUAUGAAUAUGAUAUUUCAACUUCCUUUAAAUGUCACUUAUAUCUCUUAUUAUUCUUUUGUACAGGUCUCAGUGGAGAUCAGCGAAUUGAAGGAAAAAUGAAUGUUUACCUCAAGAGAUACAACCCAAAACACUAUGAAAAGCUGAUGAGUCAACAUAUUUUGUGAGAGGUAUUCCAGAUUACCUGUUGUUAGGGUGGAUAUCUUUAAAGCAGGAUGUUUUAUAUUUGUAAAACAGAGAGAAAAAAUGUGAAAGGGGAAAGAUCUUUUAAAAUGUGUUAAAAACAAACUGUCAAUUCAAUAACCCCUUUACAUUUUUAUUUAUAGGAAGCCUCAAUGUCUGUUGUUGGUCCUACUUUUUUUUACAAACUGUAUCCUUUGCACUACACACACUUAAGAAGGGUAGUAAAUGAAGCAAAGAUGUGACUCUCAGUCGAAGGGAGGAGUGUGGGACUUGUUAUUGUUGUUGUUGUAAAAAGGUGUUCAAUAGGUCUGCUAGCUCAAAGUGAAUUUAAGGCUUUGGAGAUUUCUUUUUUUAAUUUAUAAUCAAAUCCUUAUUUUUUUCUGUGAGGCUUUUUAAUAUGACUUGUCAGGCAGAAUGAAUAUCCCAUCACCCCAGAUUGAAUACAUGACAAAACAUGCAAAAUAAAAUGGUUCUACAUCUGUUCAAUCUCA